CCAGUUGGAAGAAUCACACUUUUUUUCCAGACAAAGCCAGAGAUCUGAAUGGUUACGUGUUGCGAACGUCCAUGUGCAACUAUUUGCCGUUUACAGGCUAUGAGCGAUUGGACCAAGAAACUGGCAAUGCCUUUGAUUCCGCGACAGGCAAGCGAUCGAUAUGGUUGGAUGGCACAGAACUACAGCUCCUAGUUUCGUACUGUGAGCGUCGUAAUUGCAACAUUAUGGUGUUCCCAGAGGAUGAAGACGAGUGGGGCGAUGUGUACCCCAACGGUACCGGAAUCGGGCUGAUGGGCAGUGUGGCCGAACGACGCACAGACAUUGCCUUUGGAGCAUUCUACCUUUGGUUCAAGCCCUACAACUUCUCCUCCUAUACCGCCACCAUCAGCCGAUCUGGAGUGACCGUGCUCGUGCCGAAACCGAAGCUACUACCGCACUGGCGUACCCCGUUUCUUUCCUUCUCAUGGCCACUAUGGAUUGCCGUGAUGGUCACAUUUCUUGUCGGCAUUAUAGCUACUUGGUUGGCGGGUACGGUGCGUCUUCGAUUGUUGCUACUGUCCGCUCCAACCGAUCAGCCGUGGACUGGUCGAUCAGAUCUGAUUUCUGAGCAGCUUACGCUGAGCGACGCCGUGCUUAUGAUGGUUGGCUUCUUCGUAGCACAAUCAUCGCCCAUUCGAACUGACCUAUGGUCGUGCGUGUGCCUGUUUGCCUCGUUGCUGCUGGCCGGAUUUAUGGUAAGCAAUUUGUACAGUGGCGGACUUGCCAGCGUCAUGACGGUUCCGAAGUACGAAAAAUCGAUCGAUACUGUCGUUGAAUUUGCGGCGACCGGCAUGAAAUGGUUUGGUCCCACACCGUACUGUUUAGAGGAGAUUUGGAACGCGUCUGAGACCUACAUUUCAGCCGGCCCGGAAGAGAUGAAUCAAUACGCGCACAUGGGCGGCAGCGGGUUUAUUGUCGAGCAAGCGCAGCACGGUAAUUUUGCACCGAGUAACUUUCUUGAUAGGCAAGUUUCGACAACCUUGCAGCCGCUCAAGGACUACGUCUACACGCAGAACUGUGCGGCACUGAUAACCAACACUAAUCCGUUGCGGUCCAAUCUGAACGAGUACAUCCUGCGGGUUCAGCAGUCGGGUCUGCUAUACCAUCUCGGUAUCCGGACCGCCAUUCGAUACCUGCCAACGGACGUGAUGCGAAAUAUCGAGCGUUCGCGAAUGCAUCAGCACGACGACGGUGCGGUUAGGUUGGAAUUGGGGCACUUUUUGGGUGCAUUUUUCAUACUGGGCUAUGGGUUGUUGUGCGCUAGUCUCGUGUUUGUGGGAGAACUCUGGGGCACAGUGAUGAUGCGACGAUGGAAUGAGACGUUUGUAAGCAAGGCGACCGUCGUUACUGCCUACUGAACCCUCGCAGAGCAACUUUUUGCUUGAGCGUAGCUCUUGGUACAUCAGGAUUUGUUAUAUUAGAUGGUGAAGUUUCGAAAGAAAGCGUAAAAACACAUUUGGGAAUACUCACGUGUACU